AUGUUCCUCGGCUUGCCUUUCGUUUCCCGUUCUGCCUCAGUCUCCUUUAUUGCUACUGUCGCCGCCAUACCUCAGGUUCCUUCCGUGCCUGUCGUUCCUUCCGUUGCUGUCGUUCCUUUCGUUGCUGUCGUUUCUUCCGUGGCUGUCAUUCCCCCCGUUCCUCACGUUCCUUCCGUGUCUCCUGGCUCCCGCUUCCACCAAUUAUGCAGAGGAUGGCAUAGCUGCGCAGAACGUAAGGAUCCGCCCGGGCAUCGCCCAGGCUCGCGAGUUGCCACCCUUGCGCGUUCAUGUGCACGAGUUUUCCCUCGUGAUUAA